AAACGAUAAAUAAUUUAAUCAUUCUUAUACAAAUUAAAUUACAACGUAACGAAAUAGCACCCAUUUAAAACGAACCAAUCAUUUGGAACCGAUCCAAUCGCAAACCAAAUCGGCCACUUCCAAGCUAGCGUUCAACACGAAAGCGUGAUUGAACGUCGUCAAAUCAGCAUCGAUACCCGGAUGGUCCUUUUUAAUCCGCUCGUAAUAACUAAGCGGCGUCCACCCGUCGCUUCUCCCGUACAACAACUUGAUCUUAUCGAUGUUAUUUCUAAUGCUACGAUCGUUCCUCUGCAGCACCAGAUCCAUUUCCUCGUAGGCCAGGAAGAACACGCGCCUCAACACGCCGGGCUUUAUCAAUCGCUUGAUGCUGUCCAAAUUAUCCCUCCGGAUGCGCACUAUGUAAAUGUACAAGAGCACCGAGGCGUUUUGGAGCGCCACGGGCAGCGACACGAACAGCGCCGAUAGGAGUAUCACGAGCCAUAUAAUGGGUUUAAUAAAAUUAAUCAGGAACUUCCCGUUGGGCGUUUUCGCCAUGAACUCCAACGUGGGGAACAGCAGAUAGGAUUUGUCCACUUGUUUUUUAAUUGCGGGUUGCUCGAGCAUCUCGAGUACCAUGUAGGAGCCGAUCGAGUGCCCGAUUAAAUGGAUCCUGGCGUUGUGCGGGACGUGUUUCUCGAAGAACUCCACCUGGAAAUGGCUGUUAGAAAGCUCGUUGUGACUCGUACGAGUACUCACUUUGUGCUUGACUUGCCCGUCGAGGCCGUACAAGUCCUUGUGGUCUUCCAUGCUGGGUAUGGCUUCGGUUUUGCGCGUUCUGAAAUUGUGGCCGGCGUGGCCGAGGCACCACACGGAGCAGCCCAGUUUCUCGUGGAUGCGCCUCUGGAAUUUGUCGUAGAAGCUCACGGUGCCCGGGUUGCCGGGUAUCAGGAUGACUAGAUCCUCGGAAUCCUCGAAUUGUUCGCCUACUUGUUUGCCCACGGUGGCUAUCCUGGUGGGGACCCGGUUGAUUUCCAGAUAGGUUUCCUUGAUUUUUCCCAUUUUAGAUGCACUUUUCGAAAACUUGGAAUGAAUUCGUACCGUUCCGAGCGAGAGUACAAAGGUUUAUGUGUGUUUUUGUCGAUGAUUAUAAAUUAACUGUAACCUUCAAAGUGUUGUAGUUGAGUUUUAUUGAUGGAGAGAGUCUUGAUGUGCUCUAAAAAUCUCUUAAUUAAUUGCGAAUUAGAACACGUUACACGUAUGUUAAUGUGAUUCUUGGAUUAUUUGGUAAAUUUGUUGAUUGGAUUUUGGAAUGUACCAUUGUUUUUUUUGGUUUUGUUGAAUUCAUAGGUCAUGUAUAUUUCGAUGCUAAUUUUAAACCUAAUCGGUAUGAAAUGUUUCGGUAAAUAAUAAUAGUUUUAUUUACCAAUUAGUUUGCCAAAGUAGUCGUAGUCGAGGUCGUUUUCUUCUUCUUUUUUUUUGUGUAAAAUAUUGAGUGGAGACUUUUACGUUUGGAGGUAUCCAGUCAUGAAAAAGCGGACUGUACGCUCGUUAGGUAAGAGAACACACGACUGGAACUGGAUAGAAGCGAGAUCGCAUUAAAUUUAUAUUUGUAAAGCAUUUAAAAACGGUGUUAAUAAAAAAAACUUGAAGUGCACUUACUUUAAUAAAAGCCACUUAAUCAGAUAAUAAAUGUUUAAAUUAAAUUUAUAACAAAGUACAAUAACUUUUGUACUCUAUCUCUAUAUCUAUACCCUUGUGGAGAUAAGUACAUUAUAAAAAAGAAAUCAGAUAAGUUUAUAAAAAAAUAGUUUAUGAAAGGCUGAUAAACUUUAUCAAUAAUUAAGUGUGUCAGAGUUGUAAGUUGUAAAUAUUUUUAUUGGGUUUAUUAAGUUUGAAUAUUGUUUAAUGGUUACAACCGUAAAACGGACGAAAAACACAAAAAAUACUCUUUUAAACUUUGUGAAAAUUAGAAUUUUCUAAAAAAAAAAUAAAUUCUUUUCACCCCCUAUUGAAAUAUACAGUGCGUUUCUACCUUACAUAAAUAUACACUCGAUUUUUCAAUUAAACAACCGAUGAAUUAAUUUUUUUUAAGGCGGCCUCAACCGCUAAAAUCACCUGCUACUCCACGUCUCAUUAACCCCGCCACAUUAACAAUUAACUCUCCGUCUCGCGUAAACAAAAUGACAUAACGCUCCGUGGAAUUUAUAAAUAAAUCGCCCGUAAACAAACAAAAGUCGCAAUAGAACAGAAUUUCAUUAAACGGCGCGCACUCGCCGCUCAAACCGCGUAAAUAUCCGCCGGAUCCACCGAGCGCAUUAUUUAUCAUCGAAUCGACGCCGCGACGACAGCACCCAACAGAGCACGCUCUAAACCAGUGAUAAAAUUACCGCACGUUUUCGUUAAUAUUACAACAAUGUCGGCUUCUUCAAUGGCCAGACAGGCGAUCGAGACGAAGGCCAUACCGAUCAAACGGGUGGUGAUUGACGAUGCAUCGGAUUUACCGUCGAAUUACUCCUCCACGCCCGGGGGAACUUUAUUCUCCACGACACCAGGAGGCUCGAAAAUCGUCUACGAAAAAUCGGUUUUGAUGAAUCUACGCAACUCGCCCAUUUCCAAAACGCCGCCGGCCUUCGAAAUUCCCGCCUGCAUUUCGGGCAGCCCCAACAAGAAGAACUCCCAAUUGCCCAACAGGCCCAACGGCCUGUCGAACGGCCUGAGGAGGGCGUCGAAGACCGCCGAAACGUCGCCCAACGCCGAGGACCAAUUCGAAAUGGACCUUUAAAAGUUGUUUUUGUAAUAGAUUAGCGGUGGAAGAGUGUAUACAGGGUGUCCGAAUACAAUGUUUAAAUUGGGGAUGUUAUGUUCAAUUUUUAUUUGUAAGGGCACGCUGGUAUGCUGAGGGGUAGGGCGAUUUUUUAAUCGAUUGCUUUUAAAAUGAUUUAUUACAGUUGUAUGUAAUUUGUUAUGUAGGUACUCGCUUUGGUGGGUUUUUAAGCUCGUUUUUAAUCGUUACUUAUAUCAAACUUGUUACUGCAUAAAUGCAUAUAAGUAACUUGUUACAUUUGCAUAAAAAUAAUUCUGUGCUGUUUCGAACGCGUAGAAGAAUUUCAUGUUUCGCUCAAUUUUGCAAUUAUUUCGAUUUUUAAUUGUGCAAGCGUGUAUAAUUGAAAAUUUUACGAUUACGACGUAUAAUUAGAAUUACGCCCGUUUACGGAAUGUAAACAACUUUUUAUCGUACAUUUCGUUGUUUUUUUUUUGAAUAAUUUAUUAGUUAUCUGCCUGUAAAAAUAGAAUGUGCAUAAUAGCACCAAUUAUUUCUUAAUUAGUAUAAAUAAUGCGGCGAAUAUGAAAUUUUUAUUUUUGGAGUUUUUUUUUUCAAUAUUAACUGCCAAUUAUCACUGUCAUUUUUAAUAUAAGGAAGGGUUCAAUGGACGGGUUUUUCACGUUGCUAUAUUUUACAAUCACAAUUUCACCACAUCUAGGAUUUUCAAAUUACUUUUUAUAAUUAAGCGAUUUUAUUGUUAAUUAUACUUGUAUUAAAUGUAUAUUGUGUAAAUAUAUGUUUUUCUUACACAUGUAUAUUAAAUAAAAUGUUUUUAUUGAUUUAGUUUAA